GACAACAGACAUGACCUUGAGAAACAAAAACAUGCUAGAGUCAUAUUAUCUUAUUUUCCAGGUGCAUAUGUGCUCCAGGUCAAGGCCACCGAUGCAGAUGACCCCACCUAUGGAAACAGUGCCAGAGUCGUUUACAGCAUCCUUCAGGGACAACCUUAUUUCUCUAUUGAUCCCAAGACAGGUGUUAUUAGAACAGCUUUGCCAAACAUGGACAGAGAAGUCAAAGAGCAAUACCAAGUACUUAUCCAAGCCAAGGAUAUGGGAGGACAGCUGGGAGGCUUAGCUGGCACAACGAUUGUCAACAUCACCCUCACUGAUGUCAAUGACAAUCCUCCUCGAUUCCCCAAAAGUAUGUCAUCUUUCCUAUUAAGUCUAAAUUAGUGCAUCUCUUUUUAUUAUUUACAAUGUCAGUGAUUAUCUAUUUUCUCUUCAGAUCGUAUAUAUGUUUAACCUUUUACAACAUCAUUGAAAGCUAUAGGAAUAAAUUAUUUUUCCAAAACUUUUGGUCUUUAGGAAGCUAAUGGAUAAAAAUUUCAGAUUUUCAGAAUUUAAACUUCUGAGGAGACUCAUGCUCAAGGUUACUAUCAUAUAAAAUUAGGAAUUGAUAUUUUUUCAGUUCUAUGA